AUGGCGGCAGCGGGGCCGUGGCCGGCCCUGUGGGCCGUGGUGGCGGCUCUGCUGUUCCUGCUGCUCUGGCGGCGGCAGCGGGCGGGCGGCGGGGGCCGGGUGUGCGUGGCCGUGCUGGGGGACGUGGGCCGCAGCCCGCGGAUGCAGUACCACGCCUUGGCGCUGGCCCGGCACGGGCGCGAGGUCGCUCUGCUGGGGUACCUCCAGAGCCGGCCGCACCGGGACGUGCUGCGCUCCGAGAACAUCCGGCUGGUGCCCGUGGCGGAGCUGAGCGGGCUGCGAGUGGGGCCAAAGCUUUUGCAGUAUGUCCUGAAGGUGCUCGUGCAGUCAGUGCAGUUACUGUACACAUUGCUGAGGAUGGAUCAGCCAUCCUAUAUUCUCCUCCAGAAUCCCCCAGGCUUACCCAGUAUAGCUGUUGCCUGGGUGGCAGGGCUGUGGUGGGGGAGCAAACUCAUCAUAGAUUGGCACAACUAUGGGUACAGCAUCAUGAGCCUGAGUCACGGGAGGAGCCACCCACUGGUCCUGGUUGCAAAAUGGUAUGAAAAGCUUUUUGGGCGCUUGUCUGACUAUAACCUGUGUGUCACUGAUGCCAUGAAGAAAGAUCUCUGGGUGAAUUUCAAGAUAAAGGCUGUAACAUUGUAUGACAGACCAGCCUCUUAUUUUAAGGAAACACCAUUGGACCUCCAACACAACUUGUUCAUGAAACUUGCCAAGGACUACGAGCCCUUCAGACCACGAGCUGCGAGUCCCGCUGCUGACAGAUCGGCCUUCACCCAGAGGGAUGGCAGCGCUGGCAGCGUGCGCAAGGCCGGGGGCCGGCCUGCCCUUCUCGUCAGCAGCACCAGCUGGACAGAGGAUGAAGACUUCUCAGUCCUUUUAAGAGCUUUAGAAGAUUAUGAGAGGUUUAUUGAGGAGGGAGCUGAGCUUCCAGCUUUGGUGUGUGUGAUAACAGGUAAAGGACCUCUGAAAGAUUAUUACAAUGGGCUGAUCCAAAAGCUGCACUUGAAGCAUAUCCAGAUCUGUACUCCAUGGCUGGAGGCUGAGGAUUACCCUCUUCUGCUUGGCUCAGCAGACCUGGGGGUGUGUCUCCAUAAAUCCUCCAGUGGUUUGGAUUUGCCCAUGAAGGUGGUGGAUAUGUUUGGCUGCUGUUUACCUGUGUGUGCAAUACAUUUUGAAUGUUUACAUGAGCUGGUGAAGCACAAUGAGAAUGGGCUGAUAUUCAGGGACUCACAGGAACUUGCAAAGCAGCUGAAGAUGCUUUUCUUGGAUUUCCCCAGCCUGGAAGGAAAACUUGCCAGCUUCCGAGAGAACCUGCGCGAGUCGCGGCAGCUGCGCUGGGACCAGAGCUGGGACCAGACUGUCCUUCCCUUGCUGGGCAGCAGGGAGUGACUGGGGCAGGGGGUGUCAGACACAUUCCUGCAGCUGCAGGGGUCUGGGAAACAGUGAAUAAAGAUUUUGUAUUGUCUGCA